AUGGAGACACUCCCUCGUCUCAACCAGGUCUCUGACAGACAGCGUCUUUAUGAUGCUAUAGAAAGAUCGAAGGGUUCAGUGCUUCUCUCUUCAGGAAUGCAUCGCACUCCAGGGACUGGGGAUUUAUUAGAAGACGUUGAAAUCUUUGAGUGUCCCUUGGGUUCAUUAGAUGCUACAAUAGCUAUACAGACCGCCGAUGCAAGCAUGCCUGAAUCAUCCAUGCCCACAGCUGAGGCACACCAAGACAGUUUUCCUACUCAUCCCAACUUGGAUGCCAUCAAGAUCUUUGUUAGAACCCACCCUAAAGCCUGGAUGGCCACUUCAUUAUUAUUAUCUGCAGCUCCAACACCCGUUAUGUCCAACUUUGAAGCAUUCCACCCACUCGCCACCAAAGAAGAUCUUGAAUUCAUGGACAUCUGCAUUAGGAACAACAUAAAGAAUGAGGUAAUCGAUUCUCUCCUUCAGCAACAUGCGAGGAUUCCAAACUCACCAAUAACACUAAAAAGUCACCAGGAACUGUUCCAAAUACUUGAUCGGGCAUCCAAUGCCUCAACCACUUUUGAGACAGUCACCGUUGAACAUCGACUGCAAACCCUCUAUCAGAAAGUCAAAGUGCUUUGUAAAUCAAUCUUCGACUGGGUCAUGGAGCUCCUGUGA